UGUGCAGGUAAAUUUACAGAAUAUUUCGUAAGGACUUCAAUAUAAAUAUAAAGUUUUCCUCUCUUGUUCUUUUUGGGUUGUGUUUGACUAAGAAGAAAAAAGGGCAGUAUUGCAAAUUUCAGUUGAACCAGAUUGAAUUACAAAUCCAUGAAGAUUCUCCAUUGAGCUUUUCAAUGUCACACUGUGAACAACAACAAAAAGCAGCUAUGGCAUCCAAAAAGAAGCUGCUUCUCAUCGAUGUGGACUGUGGCACAGAUGAUGCUCAGGCUAUUAUGAUGGCAAUAGCUGCUCCCAACAUUCAUAUUUUAGGGAUCACAUGUGUGGAAGGCAACACCUCAUUGAACAACGUCUGUAAAAAUGUUCUUCGUGUUCUCAAGCUGUGCAACCGUCUUGAUAUCCCUGUUUUUCGAGGAGCAGGCAAACCAAUCCUUGGAGAAGCUAUUCAUGCAUCUGAUUUUCAUGGUUCAGAUGGUCUUGGGGAUGUCCCUGAUCCAAAUGCUCCAGGACUCGACCUGAUUCAGAAAGAAUAUGCUGUUGAUGCCCUUAAAAGAAUUGUAUCAAAACACCCCGAACAAAUUUCAUUGAUUGCUACGGGACCACUCACCAACUUGGCUCUGGCUGUAAGGACAGAUUCAACCUUCCCUCAGAAACUUAAAGCGUUGUUUAUAAUGGGGGGAAACAUGGAAUCCAGAGGAAAUACUACAGCUUGUGGGGAGUUUAACUUCCUUGCAGAUCCUGAAGCUGCCUACGUUGUUCUGAAUGAGUUCACGUGUAAAACUUACAUCGCCACCUGGGAACAUACAUGUUAUUACAAACUCCCAUGGGAAUGGUAUGAUCAAUGGGUUAGUAGAGGAACGAAGAAAGCAGACUUUAUAAAGAAGAUCUAUGCCCACAGUUUGCAGUACUCCAGAAAUAAUGAAAAGGAGAUAAAGGCUUUGGUUGGCGGACCUGGAUUUGUUUCCUGUGACUCCUAUGCUAUGGCGGCUGCCAUUGAUGAGUCCACAGUUACCAAUGUCAUUGAGUGUGGAGUAACAGUGGAAAUGUGUGGAAAGUUUACUCGUGGGAUGAUGGUGCUGGAUUUGAUUGAUAGCUUAAAGAAACAGAAUAAGGCCCUUAUCAUGAAUGGUUGUGAUAUGGAGAAGUUUAAGGCUCUGAUGGAGGCAUCUGUCAAGUAAAACGCCAUGUUAUGUAAUAUAUGAAUUAAAUAAUGCAAAUAAUAAGAAAGGUAAACUGUAAUAUUUUCACAAAACACCAUAUAACAGAAAUAAAAAAUCUUUACAACUUC